AUGUUACACGAUACACAACAGAGGGCCACAGUCGCCCGUGUAACUCAACCCCUCGCAUAUACACACCUCAACUGGCACGACGAGAGCUUCUACAAUGACCACCCGACUCGUAAGCAGAUGCGCGACGCCUGCCUCCAACGGGCCAACUGGCCAGCCCUCUGCGCCUACGCCUCAUCCCUCAACGGCAACACACCAUGCACCCUCCUCGACAAAAGUACGUCCGGCGGCGUGCAUCUCAUCCGGCUUGUAGAUUUCAAGGGAACCACCAAUACGCAAUGGAUCGCCCGUAUUCAGCUCGAGCCAUCGACUCCGGAAACAGCAACCGCCCUUCGAGCUGAGAUCGCUGCCAUGGAGUUGGUUCGCUCCCGAAACGGAGACGGAGCCCGGGGAGGGACUACUACUGAGAUACUCGUCGUCCCGCAUAUCUAUGGGUACGAAGCCGACGAUGCGAAUGUCGUUGGCGCGGCAUUUAUCCUUAUGGAGCUUCUCCCCGGUUCGUCGGCGAUGGACGCGGCUGGGGGAUAUGAUGUUCAUCGUGGAUGGGUCCCGUUGGAGUGGAGGAGGAGGGCGUUUUAUCGUCAGAUGGCGAGCAUACAGGUACGGCUUGGCUUGGCACGAACUUCAAAAUGAGCUUCAUCGGGUAUUCACUCGGCAUGCUUAUCGAUUCAUGAAAAAAGGUCCAUCUAUCGUCAAUUCGGCUCCCCAGAAUCGGCACGAUAGUCCAGCGAUCCUCGGAGAAUUCGUUUGAAGUCGGCCCACUCCCAGGCCUAGGCGGCCCAUUCUCCACAGCGACGGCGUUCUUAAAGGCCUGGGCAUCACACGCGAGAUUCCGAUUUCCUCGAACCGACGCGCAAAUCCAGCAAUGCGCACAAGGCGGCC